AGAUGAUAAGGGUGUUCUCUCUUUCACUCUCGAGUGUGAAACUGUGAAGUUACUCCAAAUUGAGAAAAUCGUCUGUUAACGAGUUUACAAGUUCACAAUAUUUAUCUACCGAAAUAACUAAUAUUCUAAUUAAAAAUGGCGAUGCACUCAGCAGUUAAGGGUAAACUAUUGGCUGUGAUCGGAGACGAAGACACGUGUGUCGGUUUCUUGUUGGGUGGUGUCGGUGAAAUAAACAAACACAGGCACUCGAAUUUCAUGGUUGUUGACAAAAAUACAGCAAUAAUUGAUAUUGAAGAAUGUUUCAAAGGGUUUGUCAAACGAGAUGAUAUCGACAUAAUACUUAUCAAUCAAAAUGUAGCUGAAAUGAUUCGUCAUGUAAUUGAAGGACAUACACAACCGAUCCCAGCAGUCCUUGAAAUUCCUUCCAAGGAUCACCCGUAUGACGCUAGUAAAGAUUCAAUUCUGCGUCGCGCCAAGGGAAUGUUCAAUCCAGAGGAUGUAUGAGACAUCAAUUUACCAAAUUAUUUUAUCUUUUGUUUUUAUUGUUAGUUUGGUCACAUUUAUUUUAACAUUCCAUUUCUAAUUUCAUUAUUUAUUAUAUAUUCAUAAAUAUCCAGAAUAAUGUUUAUUAAAAAUAUUAUAUUGUUUAUUAAGACAAAACAAUAGUUAUUAUUAGAGUUGGUAAAUUGAAGUGCCUUACAUAAUAUGUAUGGUCGUAUUCUACAAUGAAAUCAUAAAAUAAAAAUUGUAUAAUAGUAAAAAAAAAUAAGGUGGACAAUUACAGGUAAUAUUCAAAGAUUGUUAAUAUCAAAUUA